CGAUAAUCGAUUGUUUUUUUAUGAGCUCGCGCUUUUUUUCAUCGAAAACAAAAUUUUUCUUGUUGAUCAAAACACAUUUGUUAGAUCAAUGGCCAGUAAUUCCGAUUUUACUAUACCACUAAAUGUGGUAACGAAAAUCAUAGCCGAAUCAUUACCGGAUGAAUCUACAGUAACGGUCGAACAAGAUUUUAUCAAAGCAUUAGCACGUGCAGCACAUCUUUUCAUACUUUAUUCGACUACACGUGCAAACGAAGUGGCCGAAGAAAAUAAUCGACGAACCGUUCAUUCACAGGAUGUAUUAAGUGCUAUUUCAUUUUAUGGAUUUGAUCAUCUAAUACCGAAACUGAUUAGUUGGCAUCGAACUUAUGUGGAGGAAAAAGAACUACUCAAAUCUAAACGAAAAAAAUCUAAUCAUCAUGAAGAAUCGACAACUAUUUCCAGUGAUCAAAUGGAAGUUGAAAUCAUAACCAAUGAUCAUCUUGAUCAUUCCGAAACUAUUGAAGAAGAUGGACAAUUUGAAAAUUGUGAAGAUUAAUUCUUAUAUGAUGUUAUUAAUUAAUCAUUAA